AUGUUUGAUCCUAGCGACUUUGCCGGCAAAAAACCCUCAAUUGCUUGCGAACUAUCAUGUGGACGAGUGUUGCCCAGUUCGUCAACUUUACCACUUCUUUCAAAAAUUUCAUUAGUCCACCCAAGAUUGAGGAUAUACUCCACCGAUUCUGUGCAAAAAAUGCUCCUUCCAAAUGCGGUUGGUCUGGUCGAGCGGGGCAAACCUCGCUUAAAAAGGGGAAGGCGCGGGCCGAAGUCAACGUCCAUCAACCGCGGCACCUUCCUCCCGUCCAGAAAGCAACACCAUAUUAGAUUUAAUUUGAAAGAUGGUCUCGGCGCCACCUUUCUCUCCGAAUUCUCGAUUUGCGACCUGAAUUCCAACCUUUCAUCAGAUCAAACACAAACACUUCAGACGCUUUCGUCAAGAAUAGCAGACAAGAACCCAGACGUGCUUCAAAUGGAUUCCGCACUUCCAGGAGCGCGAUAUUCUUUGGAUGGGAAAGCUGGCCUUAAGCUACUCCAGCAGGUUCUCUUUCCGAUGAGCCCUUCUCCGCCAACAGACGUUGUAUUCCUCGAACUAGACUUCGAAGGCCAGCAUCAGCACAUUAAAUAGAUUGGAGUAGUCACUUUUGACACGAGGAACAAUUUUUCGGAAAAGGGACACGCUUUAGCAGUGCGCCAGAUCACCACCACGGGAUUCAUGAAGAACUAUAAG